AUGUUGGAGAGCCCGCAGGACGAAAGCGUAGUACGAUGGGGCAAUGAAGGCGACAGCUUUGUCGUUCUCGAGAACGAAAAAUUCACCAAGCACAUCUUGCCCAAGCACUUCAAACACAGCAACUUUGCCAGUUUCGUGCGCCAACUCAACAAAUACGAUUUUCACAAGGUCCGGCACAACAAUGAAGAGGGUGGCGUGUCUCCCUAUGGCGCUGGUGCGUGGGAGUUUAAGCACCCCGAUUUCAAGGCCAACAACAAGGACGCUUUGGACAACAUUCGCAGAAAAGCGCCUGCACCUCGCAAGCCCAAUGCCCUGAUGGACGACAUGAUGCCUACUCAGCAGAUGGACCUAUUUAACACACAGCUGGUCGCGACACAGCAGCAACUGCAACAAUUGCAAGAGCGCUACAACGAACUCAGCAUGCACCACUCAAUGCUCCUCCAGGAACUCAUUGGCGUUCAGAAGACAGUCGUCAACCACGAGCAUGUCAUGCAAUAUGUCAUGAGCUUCCUCCAGUCGGUCGAUGGAAAACAACGACGAGAGAGCCGUGUCGCAAACCCCUUUGCGCCAUCAACGGCCGGAGCCGUCAAUGGCAAACAGCCCCCUCCUGCACCAAUCCCAGAAGACGAGCCUGCAUCGCCGCUGCAACACGCUCAGAAAUUGCUCACCGAGGCCAACGCCGACCACAUGCUCAACUCUCGCAACCUCGAGCACAUGAACGAAAUUUCUAUGAGAAUGAACUCGAGCCUCACAACUCCUCCGCCGGAUCUUGCCAUGAGAAAUAGUGCCAGAAUGGCUAGAGGCGGUAAUCACGGCCCUCAGUCUGCUGCUUCAUCGACAUCCAUGUCAUAUGGCGAGCUCGACAACCUGGUCUACCCUGUCGGACAAACGAACGGCAUUGAUCCUAUGUUCAGCGAGCACAUCCACAACAUUCCCUAUGCAAUGCCUUCGAAGGCUCCCGAGCCUGCACCUGCACCUCCAGUUGUUGACGGAAGAAAGAAGAGCAUGCAAUACGAUCCUGGCUGGGUUAGACAACCUCAAGUACUCCUUGUUGAAGACGACCAAACCUGUAGAAGGAUAGGCGGCAAGUUCUUGUAUGCUUUCCACUGCGCCGUCGAUAGUGCUCUUGAUGGCCUAGAAGCAGUCAACAAGAUGAACGCUGGUGCCAAAUAUGACUUGGUAUUGAUGGAUAUCAUCAUGCCCAACCUUGAUGGUGUCUCGGCUUGCCAUCUAAUCAGACAGUUCGACAACACGCCGAUAAUCGCCAUGACCUCGAACAUCCGCAGUGACGAUAUUGCAAUGUACUUCCAGCACGGCAUGAAUGACGUGCUCCCUAAGCCGUUUACCAAGGAAGGACUAUUGAGCAUGCUGGAGAAGCAUCUUGGCCACCUCAAGAAGUCGCCCUCACAAAUCGACGGAGUCCAAUCGGGACCUCCGCCACCACUCGUUCAAGUCGCCACGAAGAAUUCAUUGAAAGCUGAAGACUCACCUGCCACCUCACCAGCUACUAUCAGCAACUGGACAUCACCUGGAAAUGGCCUAGGCAUGUCGCCAGCAAACAGCGAAGCCGCUGGAGAUGGAUACAGUAUGGGCGUACCCGGCCACCCUGCAGGACCUUACCACAUGCAACCCGGCAUGCCACCACCAGGUAUGCCUGCUGGAGUCAGUUACGGUGGUUCGCCUCGUGGUCUGCCACCAGGUCUCGGACCGCAAUCUGGCGGCCCACAUAGACGCCAAAUAUCCGACAUCACGGGCGGGCCCGGCGACGUUGGAGGAGACGUCAAGAGACAGCAAAUGUUCGGACCUGGACCCCAACACCUAGCGCCGCACAUGGGACCUGGCGUACCUAUGGGACAACCGUUACAAAAUCCGCUCAAUCCCAUGCAUAGAAGACCCGGAUGAGCGAGCAUGUGAUGUCUAGGAUGAUGUUGAGCGCAACACAAGAUCCCUUAAUUCGAAGUGUAUUCUCUUAUUUAUAACAGCCAGGUUGAGACCUGUGUCGUAGUCUGUGGUGGUAUAAUGAGUAAGGCUGUUUUCCCUGUCCAUGUUUCCAUGCGACUAAAGCAUUUGACUGGCGUCUU